GGGCAGGGGAUCCCCGAGCCCUCCUCCACUGCGGCACACACCUCUCUCCCUUGGAUAGGGUUAGGGGAAGAAAGGGGGUGUCCGUAGCCCGCUGUCUGUGUCCCGGGAGGACGAGGAGGAGGAAGCCUCGGCAGCUCCAGCAUCUGUCUCUCUCUCCCAGACCGGCUCCGAUCCUGAGCUCUGUCGGGCAUGGAGCCUUGGAGACAAUGCGCUCAGUGGCUCAUCCAUUGCAAGGUGCUGCCCGCCAACCACCGGGUGACCUGGGACUCUGCCCAGGUGUUUGACCUGGCUCAGACCCUCCGCGAUGGAGUCCUGCUCUGUCAGCUGCUCAAUAACCUGAAGGGUCACUCUAUCAAUCUCAAGGAGAUCAACCUGAGGCCCCAGAUGUCCCAGUUUCUCUGCCUGAAGAACAUAAGAACCUUCCUAUCAGCUUGUUGUGAGACAUUUGGGAUGAGGAAAAGUGAACUCUUCGAAGCCUUUGACUUAUUUGAUGUUCGGGAUUUUGGAAAGGUCAUAGAAACACUGUCAAGACUUUCUCGUACACCUAUUGCAUUAGCCACAGGAAUUAGACCAUUCCCUACUGAAGAAAGUGUCAAUGAUGAAGAAAUCUACAAAAGCCUUCCUGACUUAAUAGAUGAAACUCGUGCAGAUGAUGAAGAAGACUUGUAUGACUGUGUUUAUGGAGAAGAUGAAGGGGGAGAAGUGUACGAAGACUUAAUGAAGGCUGAAGAAGCCCAGCAGCCAAAGUGUCUGGAAAAUGACAUACGAAGCUGUUGCCUUGCAGAGAUCAAACAGACAGAAGAGAAGUAUACGGAAACAUUGGAGUCAAUAGAAAAAUAUUUCAUGACACCACUGAAAAGAUUUCUGACAGCUGCAGAGUUCGAUACUGUCUUCAUCAACAUUCCUGAACUAGUGAAAGUUCACCGAAGCCUGACGCAAGAGAUUAAUGACUCCAUUGUCAAUAAAAAUGACCAGAAUUUAUAUCAAAUUUUCAUUAACUACAAGGAAAGAUUGGUUAUUUAUGGGCAGUACUGCAGUGGAGUGGAGUCAGCCAUCUCUGGUUUAGACUUUAUUUCUAAGACAAAAGAAGAUGUCAAGUUGAAACUCGAGGAAUGUUCCAAGAGGGCAAACAAUGGGAAAUUCACUCUGCGAGAUUUACUUGUUGUUCCUAUGCAGAGGGUUCUGAAGUACCAUCUCCUGCUCCAGGAGCUGGUGAAACACACGACUGAUCCCACUGAGAAGGCAAACCUCAAACAGGCCCUUGAUGCAAUGAAGGACUUGGCACAAUAUGUAAACGAGGUGAAGAGAGAUAAUGAGACCCUCCGUGAAAUAAAACAGUUUCAGUUAUCCAUAGAGAACUUGAAUCAGCCUGUCUUGGUGUUUGGAAGACCUCAGGGAGAUGGAGAAAUCAGGAUAACAACCCUAGACAAACAUACCAAACAAGAAAGGCACAUAUUCUUGUUUGACUUGGCGGUCAUUGUGUGCAAAAGGAAAGGUGAUAACUAUGAGAUGAAGGAAAUAAUAGAUCUUCAGCAAUACAAAAUUGCCAAUAAUCCUACAACUGACAAAGAAAACAAAAAGUGGUCUUAUGGCUUCUACCUCAUCCAUACACAAGGACAAAAUGGACUGGAAUUCUAUUGCAAAACAAAAGAUUUGAAGAAAAAAUGGCUUGAGCAGUUUGAAAUGGCACUCUCUAACAUAAGGCCAGACUUUGCAGACUCCAACUUUCAUGACUUCAAAAUGCACACCUUCACGCGGGUUACAUCCUGUAAAGUCUGCCAGAUGCUCCUGAGAGGAACAUUUUAUCAAGGCUAUUUAUGUUUCAAGUGUGGCGCCAGAGCACACAAAGAAUGUUUAGGAAGAUUAGACAAUUGUGGCAGAGUUAAUUCAGGUGACCAAGGGACGCUCAAACCUGAGAAAUCAUCUAAUGGACUUCGAAGGCUCCCCAGACAAGUGGAUCCAGGCCUACCGAAGAUGCAGGUCAUUAAGAAUUACACUGGAACCCCACAACCUCCACAACACGAAGGACCUCCUUUGCAUAUCCAGAUGGGGGACACAGUGGAGCUUUUGAGAGGAGAUGCCCAUAGCUUAUUUUGGCAGGGACGGAACUUAGCAUCGGGGGAGAUCGGCUUCUUUCCUAGUGAAGCGGUUAAACCUUGUCCAUGUGUUCCCAAACCAGUAGACUACUCUUGCCAGCCAUGGUAUGCAGGAGCAAUGGAAAGACUGCAGGCAGAGACUGAACUUAUUAAUCGGGUAAAUAGUACUUAUCUUGUGCGACACAGGACCAAAGAGUCAGGAGAAUACGCAAUUAGCAUUAAGUACAAUAACGAAGCAAAACACAUCAAGAUUUUAACAAGAGAUGGCUUUUUCCACAUUGCAGAAAAUAGGAGAUUUAAAAGUUUAAUGGAACUUGUCGAAUACUAUAAGCAUCAUUCUCUUAAAGAAGGCUUCAGAACUUUAGAUACUACUCUUCAGUUCCCUUACAAGGAGCCUGAAAAUUCAGCUGGACAGAGGGGUAGUAGAGCAAGCAGCAACUUGUUGAGCCCCAAAGUUCUGGGCAUAGCUAUUGCACGAUAUGACUUUUGUGCGAGAGACAUGAGAGAGCUGUCUUUGUCCAAAGGUGACAUGGUGAAAAUUUACACAAAAAUGAGUGUAAAUGGCUGGUGGAGGGGAGAAGCAAAUGGAAGGGUGGGCUGGUUUCCAUCAACAUAUGUGGAAGAGGAUGAAUGACUUCAAUCCCAAUUUUGCAGUCUGGACCAGAAAUUUCAGGAACAAGCGAUGAACAAAAAUCCACAAAGCAUUAUGAACUGAUUGAAGUAUUUGAAAAGCUGCAUUUCUGGCUAAUCAACAUCCUUCCUCCUCCUGUCUUCUCCAGUCUUAAUGUUGGGAUUUCUAAAGAUGCUUGUACUGACAGAUUAAUGACUUGCCGAGAGCUGGGCAAGAAACAACCUGCCAGUCUGUCAUCAUCAGGGACCAGUGAAAAGCCAAAACCUUCUCUUCCCAGAAGAACUCAGCAAAUACAUUUCUUUAUAUUUCCUUUCACUUUCUUUCAUAGGCCACUGUCAAUGCCAGUUGUUAGUAAAUGUUUAAUGCACCUUUACUUCUCCCCCUUCCUGGCUCAUCACACUCCCCUUCCCUCGUCAUCGAAAUCUUCGAUGGUACAAAGAAGCAGAGUCUUUUACCUAUCAUAGCACAAAGAAAAAUGAGAGUUCUGUCAUAUAGACCACUUAUGGGAAAGGUUUAGUGUCACUUGUCUCAAAAUUUCAAGUGAGGCUACUUACGCCAUCACAAACACAUUUGUCUGACAAAUCUUCUUGGCAGAAAUACAAGUGAAAACUUCUAAGUUUUCUCUCUGCUCUGUGUAGAGUUUGAGACGUUUGAGCUGAUGUCUUUUUACUCCUUGCCUUGGCAAGUGGUUGUUUUUGAAAACUGAAUUUAGAAAAAAAAAAAAGAACCUUAUUACUAAGUCCAGAAAACUAUUUGCUAUUUUGUAAGGUGGUUGUGGCAACUUUGGACUGAAGUUUCUGAGGAAAACUUGGCUCAGCAUCUGUCGGUGGCUGCUAGCCAGAUGAUCAGUGUCUGUGUUUACAUGAGCCAGUUCAAGGGCUAUAUUGAUAAAUAUGUCACUUUUUUUUUAAAGGCAAUUGGGGUUAAGUGACUUGCCCAGGGUCACACAGCUAGUAAGUGUCAAGUGU